GAGAGUAAAACAUCAACAUUACGCAUUUUUUUCUGCAUCGACUUGGAUUAAUUGAUGUAUGUUUAUGAUUUCUGGCAGCUGCUUUGAGAAUAUAGUAUUUUAUUCGUGUGUUUAUUAGUUACAUUAGAAGCAAGUGAAGGUUAUGGGCUCGAGGUGGAUGUGGGGGGUGUUCGCCAGUGAUUUGUGCGUAAAUGAAAAUAAUGCACAAAAUGUUUUCAUUUGCCGUGUGUGUGUGUGUGUGUGUUUGUGCGUGUGUGUGUGUGCGAGGAGGGGGGGUUGUGCACGCGUGGUUGUUUAUGGCGGAGAGGAGAAGUCCGGCUGUUUUACUGGACUGUAUUUGCAUAAAACGAAAAGUUAUUACACACACAGUUGUUUGAUAUGUAGUAUGUUGUUUUGUUUAGUGUACAUGUAUUUCUAUGAGUCGCAGCACCUCUGUGAGUGUGUGCGUGAGCGUGCGUAAAGACCGACAGGCUCGAACGCUUCAAUUCGAUUCACCGGGGACCCCUGCGCGCAACAAGAGCCCCCCAUGGGUCCAAUAGUGCAAGCACAGACGGCGGUGAUUGGCCAGCAGUUGAUCAGAUGGUACACUUCCCCUCUGUACUCAGUGGCACCUCACAACCCCCCCUUUCAGCAAAAACCAAAUCUCGGAUAAAGUAAUGGCAAAACCACUUGGACUAUAAAAGACAACAAAUCAUAUUCCUCCGGAGUAUAUACACCCCGUUGUCCACCCAAUGAGUUCCUAUUUUGUUAACUCAACUUUUCCCGUGUCUCUACCGGGAGGACAGGACUCUCUCCUGGGUCAGAUACCGUUAUAUUCCUCGGGAUACACCGAUCCGUUAAGACACUACUCCAACGCGGCCACAUAUGGAGCAGCUAACAUGCAGGACAAGGUUUACCCAGCGUCCUACUACCAGCAGACGGGCGCAGCUGCCGCGGCCAUCUACGGCCGGGCUGGCGGCGGAGCGCCCUGCGACUACAACCCGGUCGGGACUUUCUACAAGGACGCGGAGGGCUCGUGCGCUUUCUCUAGCCGCGAGGACCAGCCGCUGUUUGUCACUCAGGAGCAUCAGCAGCGCAAAGCCGAGUGCCCGGAGCAGACUGUCAGUAUGAGCAGCAGCAUUGACGACAAGUCCUCCACUCUGAUCUACCCGUGGAUGCAGAGGAUGAACGCCUGCUCCGCCGACACACGACUACAGAUUUCGAGUGCACUUUCAGGUCCAUUUGGGAACAGUGGCCGCAGGGGCCGACAGACCUACACCCGCUACCAGACUCUGGAGCUGGAGAAGGAGUUCCACUUUAACCGCUACCUGACCAGGAGGCGCCGGAUAGAGAUCUCCCACGCUCUGUGUCUGACGGAGAGACAGAUCAAAAUCUGGUUUCAGAACCGCAGGAUGAAGUGGAAAAAGGAGAACAAACUCCUCAAUCCGUCAAAGACACCCGAGGAGGAGGAGGAACAGGCGGAGAAAAAGAGCUAAAAGGACACUGAAAGAAAGGCAUGUGUGCGCUUGUGUGCACACUUCCAAAAUAAAAUGAUGUAUUAUUUCUUUGUAGAUAAAGUGCUGCAAAUCACAUGUUAGGAACGUGUAGAGUGAUUUUAUUUCAGCAUCUGCACGGUAAUAAUGUCUGCAUUAGGUUAAAAUCAGGUCCUCCUCUGUUUGUCCUUGUGCUAGUGUGUUUAUUUAGGGGACUAUGCAAAAUCCGCCAAAAUGUAAAUAAUUUUUAGUGUUUAGUUUUUGACAAUGUUGUUACCUCAUCAUCGUAGGCCUACUGAGUUUUAUUCUGAUUAUCCCCCCC